GUAUCUGUAAACAGAAGCCACGUGACAAGCGGCGCUGCCUGUCAGGGGCUUUGCAGCAGCGGCAGCAGCGGCACGAAUGACGGCUGAGUUAGAGGAAGUUACUGGGGGGCAGCUGUGCUAGUAUGUAACCUUACACGAGUUGGAUCCAGUGUUGCAGCGAGAGAGAGAGAGAGAGAGGAAGGCGGCAGCAGCAUUCAUGGAUAUAGUGGACACCUUUAACCAUUUAAUACCCAGUGACCAGUUGGAUGAGUCCCUGAUAAUAGGUCAGAAUCUGGAAUGUGAAGCCGGUAAUGAGUUUGGGACAGGACUCAGGCUGGAAGAUUCACUGAAGAACAUGCUCAGUGACAAAGAUCCCAUGUUUGGAUGUGCGAGCUCCCAGUUCAAUUUACUGGACAAUGAGGACGCUGCUUUUCCGAUCGCUGACGCAACAGUCCUCGCUGAUGGCUCAGCAUCCACAGGCCUCAGCAAUGAACUGACUGUUGCGGAAACCACACAAGUCAAGCGACCUGUCGGCAGGCAAAAGAAACGUAAUUUAGAAUCCGAAGACAGCAGUGGUCCACAACCUGCUAACGCAUCUAGAAGCCCCAUGGCCCGAGGGCGACCAGGAAGGAAACCAGCACACAGGCUACAGAAGACAUUUCUUAUUGAGAAAGGAGUUAAAGGCCCCCAGCUGAAGAAAGAAUUAACUCUGGGAGGGCGUAUUAAUGUUAAUGAUCUCGAUGGUGGAUUAUGGCUGAAUCCUACGGUUAUAUUGAGACGAUUGACGGUAACAAUUGGAGGAUUCAAGAUUGAGCUUCUUCCAGGACCCUCUUAUGGACAAAGUGUUGAAAUCGGCCAGUCUGCAGCCAUUGAUGAUGCUUUAUCGUAUGGUAGAGACGUUGGGUUUGCUGUGUUGCCAGAUGAUACUGUCAGUGUACAGAAUCUCAUGCCUGACAGCGUGACAGAGAUGGAUGUAACUGAGAAGAGCUCUGCUGAUGAUUCAGCACUUGGCCCAUAUGUAAAUCCUAAUGAUGUGCAGACCUCCAACGGGACGUUAAUGGAGAGUGGCUGCAUGAAAGAGACAAAACUUGACAAUCAGAGUGUUUCUGGAAAGCAGGACCCAGUCAGUAAAGGAAAAGAUGACGUCAAACUGCCACAAAGUAACGAAAAUAACGGAACUGUUGUUAGUAAUAAGACUGAUGGUAAGGAAAAGCAACAAAUUGUGGCCAAAACACUGCUCAAGUCUAAACCGGUACUGACUUCUGACAAGAAUAAGGACUUGGUUUCAGGUAAACCAAACAACACGAUUAAGGGACAAAAAGUAUCCCAAAACAUGCCAUCCACAAUCAUCCAAAGAGAAGACCCACACAAAGUGAAAUCUCUAAAGGAAAAGAAAGACAUUGCACCUUUGAAAAGGCUUGCAGAAAGCACCCAAAGUGAGCAUGCUACUAAAAUGCAAAAGAUACAGGGUACAGGAGAUAGCAAAGCUAAGCCAAAAUCUCCAAGUACCCCUGCAGUGAAGAAGAUCCCACCGUCUGGCAACCGUCUCGAUCAGCCGGGGCCAACUAAACAUACUGGUACUCAUCCGCACAAUAGCUCCAAAGUGGAGCCUGCUAAUCUGCCGCAUGGUCGUCCGGGCCAUUCUUUAAAAACGCCAGAUGAAGGAGGGCAGGAAAAGGCCAAACUGAAAAAGCCAGAAAAGAUCCUUCAAAGACAGAAAAGUAGAAACUCAAGGAGCAUCUCUAUGGACGAACCGCAGCUGUUUAUUCCAGAUAACGCUCCUGUUGUAAAGAAGGAAACGUCUGAGGAGCAACCUGCCAACAGCGAGAGCGUAUGGGAUGGAAACAACUGUUGUGGUCUGUGCAAAAAACACCACAAUAACCUGUUUAUGGUGGGCUGCGGCCGCUGUGAAGACUGGUUCCAUGGCGACUGCGUCGGUCUGGACCUGUCAAAAGUACGUGAGAUGGAGGAGGAGGACCAGAUGUACGUGUGCUUGAAGUGCUGCGAGGAGGAAAGCAAAAAGGUGGAGCCUGAGCCCCCGAGCGCAGCCAAACCAGAAGUUCAGACUAAGACUGAGGUACCGGAUCAUAAGCUGCCUCCCAAACCUCGACCCGGACCCUCCCAGACACUUACAUCAGGGGGGGCCAGACCAGUAAGAAAGGACCCUGAUCGAAGGCAGUCCUCAGAUGUAAGAGAAGCAGCUCAUAAAACAGGUGUUCACUUGAAACAAGAGACAAAAAGUAAGACUCAGUCUUCAGUGUCAAAGAAACCUGUGUCUGUGGAGGCAAUCAGGCGAAGUGUGCGUGACUCUCUGAAAGAAAUCCUCAUUCAGAGGUUGAAGGAGUCUGACUUGAACAUCUCAGUGGAGAGGGCCUCUGAAGUUGCCAAGAAGACGGAGAGAGAGCUUUUCCACUUGUAUAAAGACACGGACAACAAAUAUAAGAACAAAUACAGGAGCUUAAUGUUCAAUCUCAAAGAUACUAAAAAUAAUGUCCUCUUUAAGAGGGUUCUCAAAGGGGAAAUUUCUCCUAGUAACCUAAUUCGAAUGAGCCCCGAGGAGCUGGCCUCGAAAGAAUUAGCUGCUUGGCGACAAAGGGAGAACCGACAUACUAUUGAGAUGAUUGAAAAGGAGCAAAGAGAAGCAGAGAGACGACCGAUCACUAAGAUCACACACAAAGGCGAAAUUGAAAUUGAGAGCCAAGAACCAGUGAAGGCACCGGAGCCUGUAGAGCUUGAGCCUCCUCCCAAAGUGACAGAAGUCUCAGCAGAACCUCCAAAAACUCCUAAGAAGACAGAAGAGAGCACAAAGACAGAGAAAGACACUACUAACCAACACAAGUCUCACUUAUUUGACUUAAACUGCAAAAUCUGCACAGGCCGUAUGGCGCCCCCUGUGGAGGAGGCACCAACCAAAGUGGUCAAAGUUGCCACCACAGUGGUCAGAAGGCAGUCCACCAAAGCAGAGGAGACAAAGAGCACAACGCCGCCUGCGAUGGAAGACGACCUGCACCUCACUGUUUUAGAGGAGAGCUUCCGAAACGCCAAGUCAGGCUAUGAAGGACGGUUGGAUCAUACAGCUGGAAGAGAUGAUGAGACCGCUUUCCUUUCCAACCUGAAGUCACUGUGGGGUGGACUCAUUCACAUGCACGCUGUCGCAAAGUUUAUGACAAAAGCUUUCCCUGUCUCGGGCGUUUUGGACAAUUUGACUGAGGACCUUCCAGACAGCGUUCAAGUUGGCGGACGGAUAAGUCCACAGAUAGUGUGGGACUACUUGGAGAAGAUUCGGGCAACUGGAACAAAAGAGGUGUGCCUGAUUCGCUUCUCCCCCGAGACGGAGGAAGAUGAAAUCUCCUAUACUCUUCUCUAUGCCUACUUCAGCAGUCGUAAGCGUUUUGGGGUGGUGUCCAAUAACUUGAAACAAGUGAAGGACAUGUAUCUCAUUCCUUUGGGUGCCACUGAAAAAGUUCCACAUCAGCUUGUCCCCUUUGAUGGGCCAGGUUUAGAAAACAACCGUGCCAACCUUCUCCUCGGACUUAUAAUCCGACAGAGACCCAAAAGGGAUUUUCUCCCAGUGGACAUGAACGAAACUGCAAGAAUUAUUCCGGAGAUCAAGCCCAUCAUUGUUUCCACAAAAGAAACCAGAGUAACAGAGGAGGAUGAGAAGUUUUUCCUCCCUUCCUUGCCUCCAGCACAUAUUAAAGAGAAGGAGAAGCCACUUAACACUACUGAAGAUGUUGAGCAAAUUACAGAGGCUUUUGAAGAACCAUCUGCAUCAGAGGAGACCAACAAUCAGGAACCCCAGAAACCACUGCGUUUUCUUCCAGGUGUGUUAGUAGGAUGGGGUGGGGAAUUGCCACCUCUGCCAGAUGUUGGAGCUAAACCUGCAACAGCAGCAGAUGACACCCAGAAGACCCAACCAGCUCCACAAACAGAGACAUCAACUGGAAACACAAAAAGUCCAACAGCUGCUGCACCACGAGAGCGCUUUGUCAUCAAAAAGAAAGAGGCUAAACCUGUUAAAGCUGAACCGGGGCUAUCCAGCCCAACCAAUACAUCUGCUGCUAAUAAUCCAUCAUCAAAGGAUGUUGUGGUGGUGACCCAUGGUGCACCAGUCUCUCUCAAAGAUAAGCCUCCAGAUGUAUCGACUGAAGCGUUCCUGGCAAGCUUGUCAGCAGCUCCAAGUGGGACUGAAACUAGCAGCGCUGCCUCUGCAAACAAAGGCAAUGCUGGCCUCUUGUCAGAGACUGAAUCUGGAGGGAUUCCUUUGUCACAGUCAAAGUCCCAGGCUACUGCAGCUCAAACAAAUAGCUCAAAACCUCCUUUAAGUGGAAUAUUGAAAAAAUCUUCAGCCUACUCCAGUGUGAAUGAAGACAAAACAACGGUGCUACAAAAGGAUAAAGCCAGCCACCCAGCUCCUUUGAGUCCUAAACCUGUUCCUGUGUUGAGCAGCACUAGAAAUGAUCCAGUUACACUAUUUCACCAAGGAUUUUUACAGGUUUCUCAGGCCAAGAACAAGGAGGCCAAGGAGGAAACCCAAACAACUACUCAGUCAUUCCCUGGUGAAAAGGAAGAUCCUGGCCUGUCCCAGGCUGGUGCUACAGUAGCUCAGACAGUGUAUCCUCCUCCUGUCCAAGCACCUCAAGCAGCGUGUCACACAGAAGCCUCUGAACUCCAACCUGACUCUGUAAUGGCACCAGUUCUCCCAGUAUACAACAUUGCUGCACCAAUUCCAUCGCAGCAGCAACAGCCUCAGGUACCUGGCAGCUAUGACUACUCAACUGGCCUGCACACCCAGGAUCAGAACCACAGCACAACGUGGGUUCAGGACAGCACUUCGCACACUCUCCCUGGACUUCAGUCACAGUUCGCUGAGAGCUACUCCGAAACACCCGGCCGACCUCCGUCCCUGGUCAAAGACACCAAGCGUGUAGAGGAGCGAUACAGCGACCCGUGGGAGAGGUCACGGAACACUGAGGACAGAGACCACCAAGGGAGGCACAGCCACCACAGGGACUCCCAUCACGGAAAAAAGAGCAGACACCAUGACAGAGAGCGGGAGAAAAAGCACGACCGCAGCUAUGAUGACAAGUACAGGGAGAGGAGUAGGUACCACGGACACUCUGAGGACCGCUACGGUGAGAAGAGGAAAGAGAGGCAGUACAGUGACGACUACAGCAGCCGUCAUAAGGACAGACACAGACACAGACGGGACUCUGAUUAUGAGAAUGGACGGAGAAGUUCAAAAGACAGUUACUCAUAAUUAUAUUUUGUUUUUUUAAAAGCCCUGCAAGCGAGUGUUCGAGGCUCUAAGAAAGACUGUUAGGUUGGUCACUUGGCUGGUUCAAACCAUGUUGGCUUUAUUAACUGAGUUUGUUUGUUGUUUUAUACAGCAGUCUGCAGCUUAUAUGCCAUUUUCUUCAUAGAAGUUCCAUUUUAUGUUAUUGACAGUGCAGCCAAAAUAUUUCAGUGGGAUUGUGAAGAACUUUAUAGAUAUGUUCUAUUCACAUCAAGAAGUGAAUAUUGGAACAGUUUUUAACCUUUUAUUGUAUAUAUCUCAUUGACAUUGUGCUGCUGUACUGACUACAAAUGAUCAGUGAAUGUUUUCAGUUUUGUGGUAACAUACAAAACAAGUGUGGACCAUGGAAGGUGAAAAGAUUUUAGUUGGCAUGAAUGUAACACAGAAAACAUUUAAGGACAACAACCUAAGCAGCAGCUUUGCUUUUUUUCCCCAACCUAAUUUCUUUUAAAUUGCUUAAAUAUUUUAUACACUUACUUUCUAUUGGAAAAGUAUGUACAUUUUGGCUUGUAAUAUAAUUAGAGAUUAAGUGUGCCUUUGCACUGUGUGUUUAUGUACAGUUCGUAAUAAAGCUAAUCUUUUUUUAUUAUUGAUUAUAAAAGAAAAUCUCAUUCUUUCUAAAUGUAUUAAAGGUCAAACCUGAA